AUGCUUGCCCGAGAUUUAUUUGUCAUGAUUAUACUCACUUCUCAGAUUAAAGAAAAGGCAGUCCUUGGAGUAGAUGGUCAAGAACUGAUUUAUCCCAAAAAGCUUCCUGUGAUACAGAAACGAGAUGUUUGGCACACUCAUGAUUAUGACAUCCAGGAAACUUAUGAAGAUGAAGUGUUGUAUGAAAUAAGUCUAAGUAGAAAAACCUUCAUACUUCACCUUUUAAGAUCAAGGGAAUUCCUAGCCUCAAAUUACAGUGAAACGUACUAUUCCACGAGAGGAGAGGAAAUCACCAGGCAUCCUCAGAUAACGGAUCACUGUUUUUACCAAGGAUCCAUUAUACAUGAAUAUGAUUCCUCUGCCAGUAUCAGCACUUGUAAUGGUCUCAGGGGAUUCUUCAGGGUAUAUAAUGAAAGGUACCUCAUUGAACCAGUGAAAUACUCAGAUGAGGGAGAACAUUUGGUAUUCAAAUAUAAUCCAAAAAUGCAUUAUGCUGCCAAUUAUUCUUGUAUGGAGCUCAAUUUUACCAGGACAACUGUUCCAAACAAUAAUACACAGUCCAUAAAAGACUCCAAAAAGGAAAUCACCACUACUGAAAAGUAUGUUGAACUAUUUGUUGUUGCUGAUAAUAGUGUGUAUCACAGGAAUAAUUAUCCUCGCAAUAAAAUGAGGAACCGAAUUUGGGGAAUGGUCAACUUUGUCAACAUGAUUUAUAAAACCUUGGACAUUCAUGUUACAUUGGUUGGCCUUGAAAUGUGGACAGAUGGAGAUAAAAUAAAAGUAGAUUCCAAUAUAGAAACUACUUUAUCGCAUUUUGCAGCUUGGCAACAAACAAUCCUUAAAAAAAAGAAGAAUUUCGAUCAUGUUUUGUUACUCAGUGGGAAAUGGCUCUAUACCCAUGCACAAGGAACUUCUUAUCCAGAGGGUAUGUGCCUGCCCUUUUAUUCCUCCAGUGUCAUUAAGGAUCUUUUACCUGACCUUAAUGUAGUUGCAAGCAGAAUGGCACAUCAGCUGGGGCAUAGCCUGGGGAUGCUGCAUGACAACUACCCAUGUACCUGUACGUUGGAAAGAUGUGUGAUGAAUAGUGGUGGAAGCAUUCCUGCACUAAAAUUCAGUAAAUGCAACAGAAUCCAGUACGAGCAAUUCCUGAAAGAUAAUAAGCCAACAUGCAUGUUUAAUGUUCCAUUUUCUUAUAAGUUAAGCGAUUCUUCAUAUUGUGGAAACAAGAACUUGGAUGAAGGAGAAGAAUGCGAUUGUGGCCCUAUUCAGGAGUGCACUAAUCCUUGCUGUGAUGCAGAAAAAUGCGUGUUGAAGCCAGGAUUUACUUGUGCAGAAGGAGAGUGCUGUGAAUCUUGUCAGAUGAAAAAAGCAGGGUCUGUAUGCAGACCAGCAAAAGAUGAAUGCGAUUUUCCUGAAGUGUGUACUGGCCACUCUUCUGCGUGUCCUCAGGACCAAUUCCAAGCAAAUGGAUUUCCUUGCAAGAAUGCAAAAGGCUACUGCUUCAUGGGGCAGUGUCCCCUCCCGGAUGGCCAGUGCUCUGAAUUGUUUGAUCACGAGGCAAAAGACAGUUCUGAUAUCUGCUACAUGAUGAAUAAAAAGGGAAAUCGAUUCGGAUACUGCAAAAACAAGGAGAACAGAUUUAUUCCCUGUGAAGAGAAAGAUGUCAGAUGUGGAAAGUUAUUCUGCACCGGAGGGCAGCACUCAUCUUUUCUGGGAGAAGAAAAGAUCUAUCACCUUGAGGCUCCAAAGCAGAAUGUCACCAUUGAUUGCAAAACCAUUUUAUUAUACCUCAAUUCUAAAGAUUUGGGCCUGGUUGCUCCUGGAACAAAAUGUGGAGAUAGAAUGGUGUGCAGCAGUGGUGAAUGUAUGAAUAUGGAAAAGGUCUACAAUUCAAUUAAUUGCUCUUAUCAGUGCAAUAAAAAUGCUGUGGAUGGCAGUGAACUCGAGUGCCAUUGUGAGGAAGAAGAGAUAAUUGUGAGCUGGGAAGAAACCUUAAAUGUUACCAAUGUCUCCAUCCUGGUUGUUGUACUUGUCCUGGGUAUUAUCGGUAGUGGGUGUAUCGUAUUUUUAAUUCGCUACCAAAAAUGUAUUAAAUUGAAGCAAGUCCAGAGCUCACCCGGAGAUACACUGGGAGUGGAGAAUAAAGGAUACUUUGGUGAUGAGCCACAGACAAGGACUGAGCCAAUCUUUCCUGAUAUUCAUCCUUUACAUAAAUCUGUGAGUAGAGAGACAAGAGGACUCGCAGUUUCCAAUCAACAUACUAAAAUGUUGAUUACAGUGUGCGGGAUUGUCCUGGGAAUGAUUUCAGCUACUUCUGAUAUGGAAGCUUCUCAGCCUGUUCUCUUAUGCUCGCUGCUUUCUUUUGGUUAA